UACAAAAAUUAAGCAAAACACGCUUUCUCCUCUCUCCUUUCUCCAAUCUCGUUUUCGGCCGUAGACAUCUUCGAAAGUCCAACCGGCUAUCCGGAGGAACACCCCACCCAACCCAUUCCAUUCCCCUAGAUCACAAAUUCGUUAUCCCAAUUCCACCCUUUAAACCCUCCACCAAGUUUGCCAAUCCAGCCAUGUUGAUGCUCAUCAACUGCUCCAGCUGCCGCACCCAGUUGCAGCUCCCGCAUGGCGCGCAGUCCAUCCGCUGCGCCAUCUGCCACGCCGUCACCAACGUGGCAGACCCGCGCAGUGUCCCUCAUCCGCCUUCUCAAGCGCCGUCGCACUCACCCGCGCCGCCGGCGCCCCUCGCCCCGUCUCCGUACAGCCACGCGCCGCCGGGGCCGCCGCCGAACGUGCACGGGAGGAAGAAGGCUGUGAUAUGCGGGAUAUCGUACAAGUACUCGCGGCACGAGCUCAAAGGGUGCAUCAAUGACGCCAAGUGCAUGAAGUAUCUCCUCAUCAACAAGUACCAGUUUCCACCGGAUUCCAUUCUCAUGCUCACCGAAGAAGAAACUGAUCCAUACAGAAUUCCAACUAAACACAACAUGAGGAUGGCAUUAUAUUGGCUUGUACAAGGUUGUCAACCCGGAGAUUCUUUGCUGUUUCACUAUUCUGGCCAUGGUUCACAACAGAGGAACUACAACGGUGAUGAAGUUGAUGGAUAUGAUGAAACUUUAUGUCCCUUGGACUAUGAAACUCAGGGUAUGAUUGUUGAUGAUGAGAUUAAUGCAACAAUUGUCAGACCUCUUCCUCAGGGUGUUAAGCUUCAUGCAAUAAUAGAUGCUUGUCAUAGUGGCACUGUACUAGAUUUGCCAUUCCUUUGCCGGAUGAACAGGGCUGGACAAUAUGUAUGGGAGGAUCAUCGCCCUCGAUCAGGUGUAUGGAAAGGUACAAAUGGUGGAGAAGCUAUUUCAUUUAGCGGUUGUGACGACGAUCAGACCUCCGCUGAUACUUCUGCUUUAUCAAAGAUCACAUCAACAGGUGCCAUGACUUACUGCUUUAUCCAAGCCAUUGAACGUGGACAUGCGUCUACAUAUGGGAGCAUGCUAAAUUCGAUGCGUUCUGUCCUUCGAAGCACGGGUAGUAAUGACCUUGGUGGUGGUGUUGUGACAUCUCUCCUCACCAUGCUUUUGACAGGAGGCAGUACUCUUAGUGGUGGACUAAGACAGGAACCACAGUUGACUGCCUUCCAGCCAUUUGAUGUGUAUUCAAGACCUUUCUCCCUAUGAUUUUUAAUAUUCUAUUUACGGAUUAAUUAGAGUUAGAAAUAAAUAAUUAUAUUGAAGAAAGGGAUUCUCUUUAUUGUUGAAACCCCAUUGGAUAUGAAUAUGUGAUGGAUUGCAUUGGUGUGGAACAAGUUUUGUAUCUCCAAACCCCAUAUUCACUACAUGACAUUCAUGGUUUAUACAGUCAACAAAAGACAUGGCUAGAUUGCUUGAAGCAGAUUUGGCAAAUUGCUAGUCA